GAAGCAUUGCAGCUGGACCUGUUUUCCUCGCUAGCUCUACCUCGUGCUGUCUACAAGUGACUCAAACCUUCACUAGUCCUGAUUACAGGUUGAGGAUGAGAACCUUGUUGUUGUUGUGGCUGCUGGUGUAUAGGUCCUGUGCUCUGGAGAUAUUGUUCGACUUCAUCCAUGUGUCAGGAAUGGGGUUUCAUAGUACCACCGAGACCAACGCGUCAGUCACCACCAAAUCCCUUUGCAGCUGCAGACAGCAGUGCUUCUCGCAGUCAUUCUGUAACGCCUGGACUGCCAGUAAGGUUAACGCUCAUUACGAGUGUCACUUCAGUAUUCACGGACCCCAGCCUCCAACUUCACCUUCUCCCCAACCUGGUGCGGUGUACAGCUACAAGAUUACUGGCCUGAGUAGCAAAACCGGCGUGCAUGAACGGACGGAUGGUCAUAUCUACUUUGUACCUGAUGAAAGGUUAGAAUUUAGUACAGCCAUCAACUACUGCCAAAACAUACCCGGGUUUCAACUGGCCAUUUUGAAGACAAGGGAGCAGAUUGAGAUUGCCAAAACAAUUUCAUCACAAAUACAAGAAUCGCUUCACAUCCACCUGACGCAUAAAGACCCAAGUACCCAGAUAUGGGGCGAUGGUACCGAACUUACUGGGGACCUGAAAGACUUGGUGAAGAGUCUUUCGUGCAGUCUUAUUUCAAAUAUAGGUACAACUUACCGAGUGAAGGACUCUGGCAUCCAUAUUAUCUGCUCUCGGAGGAUCAGAUAUUUUCUUUGCCAAUCUAAGACUGACAAUGGUCUUCAAUAAACCUGAGAGACAAACGAAGGGAAAAAAAAAGGUUUCCGUAUCAAGUCAAGGUAAAACAUUCGAUCCAUAUAACUCUCUGUAUUGUAUAUCUUCUUAUACUACUUCUGUUGUAUGACUCUACGUGUAUACAGUGAGAUAAAGUGAUACGUAGUAACACAUUGACUCGUGUAUGUUAAGUAAAUAGUAUCUACUCUUUAUAUCACAACACUGGAAAUUAUUUAAAGUCAAGUGAAAGACAUUCAGUAGAAAUAUAUUAUAUACAAGUGUAAGAAAAAUAUUAUGUUACAUAUCUGUUUAGUAAGGUCACCCAUGUACUAUUAAGCCUCUCUCUGUCCAUGUAAUUCAGUUGCCUCUGAAGAUGAC